GCUUGUACACGUGCUCAUUCUUCUCUGUUUCCUCGUGGAGUGUCUGUUUGGCAGUAUUUUGGUGGAAUAACUCUGUCAGGGCCCAGGCCUCAAGCGUCUACAUGCUCCGAGCUUGUUAUUGAUGGUAACCCAACUGAAACGCACCAACUUCUAUGGCCUUCUUGUGCCAGCUGCUCAGGAUUACUGGUGUCUGAUGUGGUUUUUCAGACCUUACAUCCUCUCCAGUGGUUUUCUGACUAAUGAUGUGGUUUUAAGUGAAUGAUGACCUAAUCAUUACACCAACAAAGUACGCCUAUAAACGAAUUAUCAUACAGCAACGUAGAAGGCACACCAGCCAUUCUGUUUUUAUUACUGCAGUGUUUUUGUAGGCACCUCAGUUUCGCCACAAGGGUGCGCUGAAGGCACAGUCUCUGAUUUGACUAUCAAGUUGGUGUUUUAAUGUUUUGACAACUACAUUAUUAAUUUUUUGUGAACAGAGGCAUUUUUUUCAGAUUCAAUGUUUUCCGGAGCAUCUGAUUUUGGUGCCAUUGGCAGAUUAUUCAUUGUAUGACAGAUUUUUCUCAGGUGUAUUUAUAUCCAUGUUUGCUACAAAUAUGAUCAGAAUACCUUCUCAUUUCCAGCUGUUCUAUAUAUGUGUUUUCCCAUCGCCUGGACAUUGUCAGUCUCUCACGGCUGAUGGCAACUGAUUUCAUACCCUUAUCUGGAAGUGACCAGACUCACUCAGGAGCUCCUCACACAACCACCCCAGAGUUUCUCUCUCUCUCUCUCUCUCUCUCUCUGUCUCUCUCUCUCUCACGCUCUCUGUUGCUACUAUGUCCUGUAUGUUGCCAGUAAAUAAGGGAAUGGGCAGUUUUUCACAAAUCACAGGCCUUACAAGGCCAGGGAGAUUGAGAUGGGGAAGCGGAGAGACGUAAGAUGUGCUUUUGUUACCUAAACAGUAUUCCAAAUCCUCCUGGAUCUGAAACUUAGCAACCUUCAAUGCAAAUGGCAGCACGGUGACUGUCACAGGAUAUUUGAGGUGAGUGAUUUUUGUCAUUGAUAUCUCAACCCCAAAACUCAUAUUGGCCAUUGACCCACUAAGCAGAUUGGAACACUUACAUAACAUGUUAAUUGAGACAUGCUGGAGCUACUGUGAGCAGCAAGUACUAAGGCAGCCAUCUGUUGAGGGCAGGGGAGGCUAGUGGUAUUGAAUGGAAGCUUUUUGUGAUCAGCUGACAGAACAUGGGAUGUCCCCCCCACUGUCAUCUGACAGGGGCUGGCCUCUGGUGUCUUAAAGGUCAGGCCCCUAAACGUUACAGACAACGGACUUAACAAAUGACAGAGCAGCAGGAGGCCCGCCUCUAAUGCUGCAACCUUCAUGUAUGUAUUUGUUGUCCCGUUUAUAAAAAAAGGCCUCUAGCUGCAAAUUUGAGAAGAAUUCAGACCAGAGGGCUUUUAUGCCAGGACAAAUUUGAAUGUGUGUUACAUCGUGUGAAGACGGAGCGAGACAGAUGUGCCUGUGCCGAGUUUACUCUGGGGGAAGAGGGAGGACAGUGUGGAAGAAGCCGGGGGCGGGGAGAUGUGCAGCCUGAGCCAAUCGCUGGUGUCACUUUCACAGACUGGCCUCCUUUUACAGGCUGCUGACACGGGUGCUAUAUUAAAGAUAUGCCACCCACAGCUGCACCUGACAAUUUAAAGCACUGACACCGCUGAGAAGGGGGGAAGAGGCAUUCUGGUCCGCCCCAGUUGUUAUUUGGAUCACUUGCUGGAGGGACUUUUUAUUAAUUUUUUGCUGAGCCAGUUUACAGCUUUCAUACUCUCCUAGUCUUUUCCAUCAAAUGCACCCCUUCCUGCUGGCUGUGGACUCUCUGGCCCUGGAGAUUUUUUAUUUUUUAUUACCAGAAUAUGCAAGCUUAUCUUACAUUGGUGGCUUGCUGUGGUAUAUAGUCUGUUCAUAACUAAUACUGCAGGAAAAGAGUGGAACGUGCAAGUUAUUGGAAUAGCCUUUUUUUUUUUUUUUCUGCGGAUUUAUGUGAAGUUAAAGAGGACCAUCGUAUAUAUUCCUCUAUCCCUCAGCUGAAGGCAACCAGCUUCCCUCUGUAAGAAACGAGGACCAAACAGCCAAAGACUAACCAUUAGCUGGAUCUAGUGACUUAUCAGCUUGGAUAUAUUUCACACCUUAAUUUCUGGAUAAUUGUCUUCACCUUAAGAAUGGAGUGACUCUCCCUGUUUGCGCCCCCUUCGUGAUGCGGAUGGUCAUGGUCAGAUUCAGUUUUGAGCGCACAACCCCCUGUGUUCCAUGAAGAGGUUUGGCAGCCUGAGACGGAGCAAGAAACGGAAGGAGCAAGAUGGGUUAGGAGGGAGACAUCAGUCCGAGGCAUCGUUUCUGUCUGCCUCUGGACUCUCCACACUACCCACCACCCCGACCCAGGUGUCCAACCAGCCUGUGUUCACCCAGGAGGCCCAGCUGAGCGGGCCCAGUCCGGAGCGCCUGGAGCCCAGCUCCAGGUGCCGCUCCUACUCCACACCUCCAGACACAGGACAGCGUCUCAGCCUCCCCUCUGCUAAACCCCCGAUCCCUUCCUCAAGCCCUGUGCCAUCUUAUUCUACCUCACAACAAGUCUACGGUGCAGUCGAAGGCAUGCUGGAGAAACUUGAACUGGAUGAUGAUGCUGCUGAACCUGAGGGUGAUAUUUACAUGCGCUUUAUGAAAUCCCACAAGUGCUACGACAUCGUCCCCACAAGCUCCAAGCUGGUUGUGUUCGACACAGCGCUCCAAGUUAAGAAAGCGUUCUUCGCCUUGGUAGCAAACGGUGUGCGCGCUGCCCCGCUGUGGGACACAGAGAAGCAAAGCUUUGUGGGAAUGCUGACCAUCACAGAUUUCAUCAUCAUACUACACAGAUACUAUAAGUCACCACUGGUUCAAAUUUAUGAGUUGGAGGAACAUAAGCUCGAGACGUGGAGAGAGGUUUACCUUCAAGCAACGUUCAAACCCCUGGUCAACAUAUCGCCUGAUGCCAGCCUAUUCGAUGCCGUGUAUACCCUCAUCAAAAACAAAAUUCACCGCCUGCCUGUCAUUGACCCCGUCACGGGGAAUGCACUUUAUAUUCUCACACACAAGCGGAUCCUCAAGUUCCUCCAGCUCUUUAUGUGUGAAAUGCCGAAGCCAGCUUUCAUGAAGCAGACUCUCGGGGAACUGGGCAUUGGCACGUACCAUGACAUUGCUUUUAUCCACCCGGAUACGCCCAUCAUCAAAGCACUCAACAUCUUUGUGGAGAGACGAGUGUCUGCUCUGCCUGUAGUGGAUGACUCUGGCAAAGUUGUGGAUAUUUACUCCAAGUUUGAUGUGAUUAACUUGGCUGCUGAGAAGGCGUACAACAACCUGGACAUUACGGUGACACAGGCUCUGAAGCAUCGCUCUCAGUACUUCGAAGGAGUCAUGAAGUGCCACAAGAUGGAAACGUUGGAAACCAUUGUGGACAGAAUAGUCAAAGCUGAAGUGCAUCGGCUGGUUGUGGUGGACGAGCACUCCAGCAUCGAGGGAAUCGUCUCCCUGUCGGACAUCCUCCAGGCCCUGGUGCUCAGCCCUGCAGAUGCCUGUAAGGACGAGAACCUGACCGUGUACGAGGGAGGAGGCAUCAGCAGGAGCGGAGACGUGGUGGGAGUGAGUAAGUGUGAAGGUUGAGGUGGUCGUGGGGCGGAGCGGAGUCCGUCUGCAGCUCCCGGAGACGCCUGUGACUGAUGCACUAUAGAGGCUUGGAAACCAAAGGGCUAGACAGCUGAGUGAAGUGAAGAGUCCCUGCACUGACGAGUGAUUGAUUUUCAGAUUGAUUUUCUUUGUUUGAACACAGAUCAGCUGCACACGCAUACAUUAUACUGUAAAUAUAUAUACACACACACACACACACACACAAACUCAUAUACACACUGACAUGCAUUGUGGGUAGCUGCCGGGGGAAAUGGGUUCUCAUGAACUUCAGUGUUUUGGUUCUUACAGUUAUGCUAACGCUGCCGUCAUCAGCUGAUUUUUUUUAAAAUUCACGUUUAGUAGUUGAUGCUGAAUCACACGAUCUGUCCCCUCACAUACACACAUGAAGCCUUGUGUUUGGUUUUGCGAAACUUCAAGUUGCCCACAAUGUGGCCCAUUUUAUGACUUUUCUUUAUGCCAGUGCCAAUAUGGAGCCCGGUCUUUCUUUGUGCCUUUUGGUUGCUGUGCCCACACCAGUUCGAAACUGUCCAGUCACUGUGUCCUUUGGAUAUUUUGUUGCCAGAAAAGCACAAAUAUUUGUAAUUUUUAAGAAGCAAGUUACGAUGUGGAUGUGUAAUAUCAUGGUAGUUGGCAAAUUGUACCAUCCACUUCUUGUUUUUUGUUUUUUUUAAAGAAAAGGAUUAUUCUGUAUCAGUUUCCAUUUUCCAUGACUGUAAUUCAAAACCACGUCCCAAGAAUUAGUUAAAUCGAUCGUACACUGAAAACAACCCUGAACAAAAGGGAAAUCAUCGUGACACAAAGCUGCAGCGGUCCGAGGCGAAUGCGACUGUAAAGAGUGAGUGAGAACAACACUCGUCUCACAUCGGCCGUGAUGAAGAGUCACCGAGACUUUGAUAGAUGCAUAUUUGAAAUGUUAUGGCAAGACUGAAAGUGUUGUGUUGUUUUUUUCCCAAAGUUUUUUUUUUUUUGUGGUUUUGUUGCUUCAGAUAAUCUGAUACUCACAAAACACGCAAACCAAGAGGUUUGUCUCGGCUGUAACUCGACAGGACUCAUCUCCAUCUUUGACUGUAAAUAGGAUUUGUUUUUUUCGGGGGAGGGAGGGUUGGGGGGGGGGGUGUCACAGAAAGCUUUAUUUUUAUGAACGUGUCAACAUGUGUAAAGAGACUGCAGUUUUAAUGUAAUUUUUGUAAAUAUGUCGUCCAGCUCUAAGGAACUUUGUAUCAGAUCAACAUGUACUGUAACUGUGCAAGCAUGAGAACCUACACUUCGGCCGUAUGAAUGUUUUACUUUUUCAAUUUUUCUGGCUGCAGAAAAAUAAAAUGGACACUGAAUGUACUUUAAAA